GAGCGCAGUCAAAUGACGCCUCUCCAGAGAAUCACGGGGACCAGUCCGACCCUCCGACCUGCUGAUGUUAAUUAGGGCAGAAAACGCUUCCCUGAUAAAGAAGUCUCUUUCGUUGUUACGAUUCUGUGCGAUAUGUUUUUUUUUAUUUAUCUGUGAAUAAUGUGGACGUAUAGGAAGACAUUGUGCUUAGUUGUGCAUGGAACAUGAAUAUUCUUAUAACAGAUUGACAGCAAAAAGAUUCAUCCUAAGGCUGGGGUCGUAAAACAACAGGCAUUCCCUCUAAAUAUGACCACCAGUGGCUUUAACGUACUGCAAUAAGAACAGUAACAUAUCUGGGAGCUGUUUAUCAUCUCUUCAGUUGGACAAGAGACUGAGGUGACUCACUGCAUGCUGAUCACCAACUUCAGAAUUGUCCCAGAUCUGUGCAUCAUGAGCAGUUCUCUCUAUGAACCCAGCUGGGACGUGGACCUGGCGCCCCUUCUGUCCUGUAAACUGUGCCUGGGAGAGUUUCCCCUGGAACAGAUGACCACCAUCUCCCAGUGCCAGUGCAUAUUUUGCAGUCUGUGUUUGAAGCAAUAUGUUGAACUCCUCAUUAAAGAAGGCCUUGAAACAGUUAUUAGCUGUCCAGACUCUGCCUGCCCAAAACUGGGACAUUUGCUGGAAAACGAAAUUGAGUCUAUGGUGGCUAACGAUAUCAUGCAGCGUUAUAAGAGACUCCAAUUUGAGCGAGAGGUGCUUCUGGAUCCUUGUCGGACUUGGUGCCCAUCAUCUUCAUGCCAAUCCGUGUGCCAGCUGAAUGAAUCGGAGGUGCAGUUGCCGCAGCCAGUGCAGUGUCCUCAGUGCAGUCUGCUUUUCUGCUCCGCCUGCAGGGCAGACUGCCCCACCGGCCACACGUGUCAGGAGAGCGUGCCAAUUACCACCUUCCUGCCUGGGGAAAACGGCUCCAAUUUCAAGAGUGAGGGGGACGAGGCUCCGAUCAAACGCUGUCCUAAAUGUAAAGUGUACAUUGAGAGAGAUGAAGGCUGUGCCCAGAUGAUGUGUAAGAACUGCAAGCACGCCUUCUGCUGGUACUGCUUGGAGUCAUUAGAUGAUGACUUCUUACUGAUCCAUUAUGAUAAAGGACCAUGCCGGAACAAACUGGGUCAUUCCAGAGCCUCCGUCAUCUGGCAUCGUACACAGGUUGUUGGGAUUUUUGCUGGCUUCGGUCUGCUGUUGCUAGUGGCCUCCCCUUUCCUUUUGCUGGCCACCCCUUUCGUGCUUUGCUGCAAGUGCAAGUGUAAACGCGGCGACGAUGACCCUCUUCCCACCUAGAGCUCCGAUUCAGCUUCAGGAGUUGACUUUCCUCUCAUUUGACAGAGGAUCGGCUGUGAUCCUGUCUUGUUCUCCUGAGCACACUUUGCAGGUGCAUUGGUUAAAGACUUAUCUGGUCCGUGAGAUGGCACUUUUGUAUAUGUUGACUUGCAUUGAAAGGUGUAACAGAGGAGCAGAAAAGCUGAGAAGCUGACUUGGAUGAGCCACUGGAGUCAAGCAGAUCUGUAGUGUUUGGAAGCAAACACUUUUGUUUAGUUUUUUUGUUCCAUUGUCUUGUAUCUUUUCUCAGCAUCACUUUUUCU